AUGGUCAGUGCCAAGAUACUUUCUCAAAUGAUAAAGAAGUGGCGAAGAGUGGCAGCCGUUGGGAGGAAGAGGCUCAUGUGGACGGCAGCGAAAGAAGUUGAUGAGUGCUGCACGUUUGUGGCAGUGAAGGGUCACUGUGCCAUGUACACUGCUGACGGGCGGCGGUUCGAGGUGCCAUUGGUGUGCCUCAGUACAACGAUCAUUGGGGAGCUCCUGAGGAUGUCUCGGGAUGAGUUUGGCUUCACAAGUGAUGGGAGGAUCACACUGCCUUGUGAUGCAACAGUGAUGGAGUAUGUCAUGUGCUUGCUCAGAAGGAAUGCAUCAGAAGAGGUAGAGAGAGCUUUCCUGAGCUCCGUGGUGAGGCCUUGCCGUUGCGGAAAUGGUUUGGAGCCAUCCAUGGGCCUUAGCCAGCAAGUAGCUGUUUCUAGCUUCUGAAGAUUCAGUGUUUGUUUUACAUGUUUUUUCUGUCCAUUUUUGGGAAGAUGUAAAUAGUUCUAUAUGGAAGAUAGGAAAUGAAAAAAACCGUACUGCGAGUUGGCCAUUUGACUUUCUCUUGGCUCCUGACUGCUUAGUCCCGCAACUCUUUUGUGUGACAAAUUAAGCCAAGGCUCUAUUGCAUAAAAAAAAGUUCAGACUAAAGUUAAUGAGUAUGUCAUACUGAUUUGGGCAAGCGCACCAAAGAUUUGAAGAGAACAUAGUACUAAUUUAUUAAAUUGUAUGGAGGCAUGCUCAGGUAAAGCUCCAUCUUUUGAAAUAACUGUUAGAACUUAGAUCAUCUUAUUCUAGGCGGUCAAACUAAAAGCCCUGUUAAAAUCCCAUAAGAAACUGUAAGAACGACAAGCUAUGUUCUUACAGUUACUGAUUUGUGCUAGCACACCAAAGAUAUGAAGAGAACUUUGCACUAAUUUAGCAAAAUGGU